AUAUGGAUGAGGAGGGGGAAGAAGAAGAGGAGGAGGAGGAGGAGGAGGAGAGCGCAGCCUCUGAGGAAGAGGAAGAGGAACUAUCGAGACCGCCACCACCUAGGGUCCGGGAGGAAGAAGAUGAGGAAGAAGAAAUGCCUGCGCGCCCAAGGUUUGGUGGCAUAGGCUCAGGACGCUCGGCUCCAUCUUCGAAUCCGUUUGCAGCGUCAUCGUCAAGCAUGAACAUGUUCACCAAAGCUAGUAUAGGUGCUGAUUCUGAAACAGCCAACGCGUCGUCUACUAGUGAGGACGCUAUACCUACACCUAGAGGUGGCAUUGGCUCAAAGGGAGGAAUCGGUUCUGGCUUCUCAAAGGGUGGCAUUGGGUCUAAAUCUAAUGGUAACUCUGAACCUCCUGCUGCUUCCCUCCACCUCGGUUCUGUGACUCCAGAACCAGGACCUUCUGCCUCUUUCGAGUCAUUCCCAUCCGCUUUCGGUGGCCAAGGUCACACACAACGGUCCUUUGUUCGUGCUGCGCCAGCGCCCACCCACAAACCACUCCCUGUUCAUGAACAAGCGCACUUCUCAAAGAUCGGGGGCUCAGUCGGUGCACGUAUGUUGGCCAACAUGGGAUGGCAGUCUGGCACCGGUCUUGGCGCGGAAGGACAAGGCAUCGUCAUUCCCAUUGAGAGCAAGCUGCGCCCCAAGAACAUGGGAAUCGCCUUUAAGGGAUUCACCGAGAGGACAGAACAGUCAAAACUAGAGGCGCGCCGCAGGGGCGAGGCCGUUAGUGAAGACGAGGAAGAGAAGGUACCCAGGCGAGGGAAGGCGAAGAAGGGGAAGGAUACAAAGGAGGCUGCAUGGAAGAAACCGAAGAAGGUGAAGACUAGAAUCCAACAUAAGACUUACGAGGAAAUUGUCGCGGAGGCUGGGCAGGAGCAGCCUGCCGCUGGCCUUGGCCAGAUCAUCGAUGCUACCGGCCGUACGCCUCGGGAAGUUUCCUCCCUGGCUGAUGUGUCAUUAUCGUCUUGGACAACAAGUGAUUCGACACGAAUAGCCGAAGUCCGACACAAUAUCCGCCUUAUAGCUGACGCCUGCAAAACCGACCUUGAUGGUCUGGCACGAGAGGCCAAGUCUUUGGACGACCGGAGGAGAUUUGUAGUUCAAGAGGACGCUCGUUUGCGCAAGAAGGUCUCGGAUGAAGCGGACCUCAUCUCUCGACUGCAGCGGGUCACAUUGGUCGUCGACGAUAUAGGAACACAAGCGAAGGCAUCAUCUGCUAGCUACGAAGCAGUUGAAGCACUGGAUUUAUUCUCCCCCUUGUUCUCAAGGCUUCUUAUGGAGUUUCCUUCUGAAUUCGAGCGUUAUCGCUUGGAUGAGAUAGUGGUUGCCGCCAUCACGCCACUAGUCAGGCGUGCUGUUGUUUCAUGGGAUCCUUUGAUUAACCCGUCUUUGCUUGCAUCGACAUUCAGGACUUGGAAAGCUGCACUGAAGGUUAAUGCCCCUCCGGAACCGCAAAAUCAGGUGGACAUAUACGGCACUCGUACAGUGGCACCGCCACAGAUCGAAAAACCUAUGACUCCCUUCGAGAGUCUCCUGUGGAAUGUUUGGCUCCCCCGGGUCCGUACCACAGUGAACAACGACUGGGACCCAUAUGAUGCUACCCCUGCCGUCAAGCUGUACGAGACUUGGUCCAGCUUUCUUCCUCCCUUUGUUCGAGACAACAUACUAGACCAACUCAUCCUACCCAAGGUCAGCAAGGCCGUAGCAGACUGGUCGCCAAAACGAAUGGGCUCGUUGCAAAGUCUUGUGUUCCCGUGGCUACCUCAUCUUGGCUUGCGCAUGGAAGAUGUCAUGAACGAGGCUAAACGGAAGCUACGUAGUGUCCUGCGGUCAUGGACGGUCGCGGACGACAUACCAUCGGACCUUAAGACGUGGAAGUCUGUCUUCGACAUUUCUGAGUGGGAUGCGACACUACUCAAGUAUAUCGUGCCCAAGCUUAGUGCGCACUUGCGCUCGGAUUUCCGGAUCAACCCACGGCAGCAAGACAUGACACCCAUCCAGCGGAUCCUGGGAUGGUCCUCGCUGCUCCGUGGUUCCAUCCUAACGCAAAUAUUUGAAAGCACAUUCUUCCCACAGUGGCUGGAUGUUCUGCACGUCUGGCUAACCGCGCCCCGGGCCAGCUUUGAAGAGGUCGCGCAAUGGUACGCGUUCUGGAAGUGCGCGUUCCCAGAAGACGUUCAGCGCCUCCCGGGAAUCGAACGAGGUUUCACGCGUGGACUACAGCUCAUGAACCAGGCCAUUGAGCUUGGUCCCGACGCACCAACGAAACUACCCAAGCCCGAUUUCCGCACCGAAACUGCCCUCGCCUCUGCGCGGUCCUCUCGUGCCGGCACACCGCAGCGAGAAGCUAAGAAACCACCACCCGCACGCGUCACGGAGGUCACGUUCAGGGACAUCGUAGAGGAGUUCGCAGCGCAGCAUAAUUUGCUGUUUGUGCCGACCGGGCGUGCGCACGAGAAAUCGCGAAUGCCUUUGUUCCGCGUGAGCACGACGGUAGACGGGAAGGGCGGGCUGCUUGUGUAUGUGUUGGAUGACGCAGUGUGGGCUGCGGAUCCUGAGACAGGAGACUAUCGAGCUAUUACUCUGGAGGAUAUGGUUGUGAGAGCGAAUCGGUAGAGUCUCCCUUCUCCAGGACGCUUAUAGAGCAACAUUGUAACGGUUCAGCCCGAUGUGUAUGUCGUGUAUCUCUUACAAUAAUAAUUCCC